UGUCAUCUCUACUCAUCUCUAUAAACUUUGACAAAUAAAAAAAUCAAAAAUGUCUGCGCGUUCCUUUCUUUGAAAAACGUAUUCGCAUAUAUCGCAUAUUACAAUUAUCCGAGCAAUUUUAUAAUGUCGUAUCAAUUAUACAGAAAUACGACGUUAGGAAACACCCUACAAGAGAGUUUGGACGAAUUAAUUCAGUAUGGUCAAAUAACACCACAACUCGCGUUCAAGGUACUUUUACAAUUCGAUAAGGCGAUCAACACUGCGCUCAAUUCAAAAGUCAAGGCUCGUGUAACAUUUAAAGCAUCCAAACUGAACACAUAUCGCUUCUGUGAUAAUGUAUGGACACUAAUGUUAAAUGAUGUAGAAUUCCGAGAGGUCCAUGAAUUUGCCAAAGUUGACAAAGUGAAAAUUGUUGCUUGUGAUGGAAAAAGUGAGUGACAACUUUGCAUAUUGUAGUUGAAAUAAGUUUCUCUUUUGUUUUUUAUUUGAGAAAAUACAUCAAUUGCGUGCAUAUUAUUCACAUUCAGGUAAAGUAUUACUGUGUCACCUUCUG